AUGAAGAUCGCAAAAGUACAGGAUGAGAUCCAGAGAUUAGAGGAAGAAAUUGAGUCCCUCCUACGAAAAGAUGAGUCCCUUAGGAAAAAGCUGUUGAAAACAAAAUGCAACAAAGAAUCUCUGGAGGCCCUUCAGGAGGAAGUAGAUGCACUUCUUUCUCAAGCUCGAAAGAAGAACAUUCUUCCUUGGCUGGAGGAAUCUUCUUCCAAGAAGUUAUCAGAGAAGCCAGAUCCCUUCAGAAGAUCUCUGCUCACCAAGAGUGAAUCUUUGGCUCCUGAGAUAUCAUCUUAUGAAGAGUAUGUCUGCCUCCAUGGAGGCCUGACUGGGGGAUGGGUGGACGAGGAGCACGCCAUGUACUUGCGUUGCAAGACUCGCUUCCCACGGACGUGGUUGUGCGAAGGCAUGAAACGCGUGCCUCAGAAAACACAACAGGAGUGGCUGGCUCAUGAUCAGUGGUACUCAGAGCUGUCAAGGCUUGACCAGUUGAGGAAGGCAGCUGUGGCCAGAUGGAGGAAGGAGAAAGACAAUAGGAAGGUGGAUCAUCGAGAUUCCUCGAUCGACCAGGAAGUGAAGAGAAAUGGCAAGAUAUCUAAGGAACUGGUUGAAAAACAAAGGGAAAGAAUCCAAAACUGGAAAGCUAAGAGGGAGAAGAAAUCUGAGAUAAAUGAUGAAAUCCCAAGACCUAAAACUCCCAAAAAGCCACAGCUGAUGAAGAAACCAGAUCAAAUACUGGAAGAUUUCAAGAGGAAGAAGCAGCGGCACCAAGAGAAACUGAAGCACAUGGCCAUGGAGGAGGAAGAGUCACGAAAAGCCAAGGGCAAGGUCGCCAACACGUUGAUCACUGUUUAUCGAGCCAGAGAUCGAGAAAGAGAAGCAGUUCAAAAGGAAUGCCAAGAAAGGGUAAAGAAGGAAAAGGAAGAGAAGCAACAGAAAAUCAAGAAGUUUAUUUCUGAGCAGGUUCCAGUGAAUGUGUCCAAAGAUCCAGCAAGGAUCUUGAGACCCACAACAAGUUUUUCACGCAAGUACGAAAGGGAUGAAAGUGACAAAGAUCGACCCAUUUCUGCAAUUGUGCAACCUGUGAUGAGCAUUAGACACGUCCCCCACAAAGCCAUCCCCUCGUGGCGAAAAGGGUUGUGA